AUGUUCCCACUAUUGCUCGACGGUCUUUAUCGUCUGAAAAUCAAACAAAGUCAACUUUCAGCGAGUAUAUCUUUUUCCUAUUUCUAUGAAAGAUAUCAAAAAGCCCAGGUCCCCCGGACCCCGGAUCUAGGUCACCCGGGUCUAGGUCACCCGGAUCCAGAUCACCCGGAUCUGGGUCACCCGGAUCUGGGUCACCUGGACCCAGGUCUAGGUCACCCGGACCCAUGUCACUCGGAUCCAGGGCACCCGGUCCCAGGUAACCCGGAUCCAGAGCACCCGGAUACAGGUCACCCGGAUCCAGGUCUCCCGGAUCCAGGUCACCCGGAUCCAGGUCACCCGGAUCCAGGUUACCCGGUCAGGGCCACCCGGAUCCAGGUCACCCGGUCAGGGUCACCCGGAUCCAUGUCUCUCGGUCAGAGUCACCCGGACCCAGGUCACCCGGAUCCAGGUCAUCCGGACCCAGGUCACCCGGACCCAGGUCACCCGGAUGCAGGUUACCCGGUCAGGGCCACCCGGAUCCGGGUAACACGAUCAGGGUCACCCGGAUUCAGGUCACCCGGAUCCAGGUCACCCGGAUCCAGGUAA